AUGGCCCAAGCAAAUCUGCUCUCACCUCCCAGCCAGAUUCCACCACCAGUAGCCCUGCAGCUUUCUCAAAAGGCGCCACCGAUCCUCGCAGCACCCCCAACUUCGUCCCUUCCAUGGCCAUUGUCCCUUCUCUUUACCCGCGAAACACCGGAGUCGUGGGCAAUCCAUGAGAAUCUCUUCCUCGCUUCCAUCCGUACCGGCGACGAUGCAUCCGCCCGGCAGAUCCUCGACCGGCUCACCGCUCGCUUCGGGGAAGAUAACGAGCGCAUCGUUACAAUGCACGGCAUCUACGAAGAAGCACUCGCGAAGGACGAUAAGGCGCUGGAGAGGAUAUUUGAGGCUUACGAGAAGAUCUUGCGCGACGACCCGACGAACUUUGGUGUGAGGAAGAGGAGGGUUGCGGUGCUCAAGAGCUUGGGCAGGACGGCGGAUGCUAUUACGGCACUCACUGUGCUCGUGGAGAAUAGCCCGAUCGAUGCAGAGGCAUGGGCCGAGCUAAGCGAGCUGUAUGCGGGCGUGGGAGCGUGGGGCCAGGCUAUCUUCUCCAUGGAGGAAGUUCUACUAAUAAUGCCAAACUCCUGGAGUGCACACGCUCAGGUUGCGACUCUCCAUUACCUCUCCUCGCCCACCUCUCUCCCUGCGCUCUCCCUCGCGCUCCGGCACUUCGCUCGCUCAGUUGAGCUCAACGAGUACUAUCUUAGGGGUUAUUACGGCCUAAAGCUAGUUGCCGAGAAGCUCAUCCCGCUGCUGUCCGACUCAUCGAGUUCCAACGCGAAACGCAACACCGAUGACGAUGACGUUCCGCCACCCAAUUUGGCUUCCGUAAAGAAGCUGGAUGAGCUCGCGACGAGCAAGCUUGCGGAGAUUGUGCGCCAGUAUGGCUCGGGGAAGAAGGGGUGGACAGGCUUCGACGAGGCAGAGGUCAUUGCUGCCAGGGAACUGUUGGAUCGGAAAUGA